AUGCAACCGUUUGAGCUGUGGUGUAUGGUUGCCAUGAUCGCUAUUAUGGUCGCUAUUAUGGUCGCCAUUAUGGUCGCUAUAGGCGAUAUGGGCACUACAGUUACAACAAGUAACCUGAUCAAAAACUUGAUGAUCAAAAGCAUUCAAGAAAGAGCUCGAAUUACUAAAGCUGUCACUUGGAAAUGCUCAAAGCCUCUUCCUAAAGAUUGCGAUAACUCUACAAGAAAUGUAGCUAAAGCAAUGGGAAAACUAUGGGAAGACUCUUAG